AUGUACUUGACCUGCAUUUCUUUCUGUUCAGGUUGCUGCUGUGGAACAGAGAAUGCAGAGACACCUUCUGAACAGAUCACUUCUCUAGAAGUGUCACAGGCUAGGACUCCAAAGGCAGCUUUGUCUUCCCAGAAGAUCCACCCCUGUGAGACUUGUGGUCCAGUCUUGAAAAAAGUUUUCCACUUGGCUGAGCACCAGGAAACACAACACACCCAGAAACUGUUGAGGUGUGGAGCAUGUGUGAAACAGUUUUGUUUUAGUGCAAAUUUUCAGCAGCACCAGGAACACAUGGGAGAGAAAACCCUCAGAAGUAGUGUGGAUGAGGCCAAGUUUUUCAAGAGCUGCAGAUUCCUUGUGUUACAGAAGCCAUUUACCUGCAGGGAGUUUGAAAAGGACUUCCCGACCAUUAUGGGACACCUGCAGCAACAGACCACUCAUACUGUGGAGAAGCCAAACACAGUCACCCAGUGUGAGUCAACUUUACAGAGCAGAAGUCGUCACACCUCAGGAGAAUGCAAGAAAGCCCUCAGCCCCAAACACACACUUGUUCAGAAUCAGGUUCACACUGGAGAAAGGCCUUACGAGUGUAGUGAAUGCGGGAAAUCCUUUACCCGAAAAAAUAACCUAAUUAUACAUUUAAGGGUUCACUCAGGAGAAAGGCCUUAUGAGUGUAGUGAAUGUGGGAAAUCUUUUACUUUUAGCUCUAGCCUUCGUUAUCAUCACAGAGUCCACACUGGAGAAAGACCGUAUGAGUGCACUGAAUGUGGGAAGUCUUUUAACAACAGGUGGACGCUCAUUCGACACCGGAGAAUUCACACAGGAGAAAAGCCUUAUGAGUGUAGUGAAUGUGGGAAAUCCUUUAUCCGAAGGAAUAAUCUGCUUUUACAUCAGAGAGUUCACACAGGAGAAAGGCCUUACAAAUGUAGUGAAUGCGGGAAAUCUUUUAACAAUAGAUGGACACUCAUUCAACACCAGAGAGUUCAUACAGGAGAAAAGCCUUAUGUGUGCAGUGAAUGUGGGAAAUCAUUUACCUCCAGCUCCACGCUAUGUUAUCAUCAGAGAGUUCAUGCAGGAAAAAGGCCUUAUGAGUGCAGUGAAUGUGGGAAAUCUUUUACCUCUAGUUCUACCCUCCGUUAUCAUCAGAGAGUUCACACAGGAGAAAGACCUUAUGAGUGCAGUGAGUGUGGGAAAUCUUUUACUUUUAGUGCCAGCCUCCGUUAUCAUCACAGAGUGCACACUGGAGAAAGGCCUUAUGAGUGCAAUGAAUGUGGGAAAUCCUUUAAGGAUAGAUCACAAUUCAAUAAACACCAGAGAGCUCACACUGGAGAAAGACCUUAUGAGUGUGCUGAAUGUGGGAAAUCUUUUAGCCAAAAAUCUUCCCUCUCAACACACCAGAAAAUUCAUAAUAGAGAACGAGUUCACAGGGGAGAAAAGCCUUAUCAGUGCAACGAAUGUGGGAAGUCCUUUACCAAUAGCUCUAUACUGAUUCGACACCAGAGAGUUCACACAGGAGAGAGACCUUAUGUGUGCAGCGAAUGUGGGAAAUCUUUUACUAGUAGUGCCACCCUUUCUUAUCAUCAGAGAGUUCAUGCAGGCAAAAGGCCUUAUGAAUGCAGCAAAUGUGGGAAAUCUUUUACCUCCAGUUCUACCCUUCGUUAUCAUCAGAGAGUUCAUGCAGGAGAUAGGCCUUAUGAGUGCAGUGAAUGUGGGAAAUCUUUUAUCUCUAGCUCCAAACUCCGUUACCAUCAGAGAGUUCACACAGGAGAAAGGCCUUAUGUGUGCAGUGAAUGUGGGAAAUCCUUUAGAGACAGUUCCCAGUUUAGUCAACACCGGAGAGGUCACACUGGGGAAAGACCUUAUGAGUGUAGAGAAUGUGGGAAAUUCUUUAUGCGAAAAUCUACCCUUUCCCAACAUCAGAGAGUUCACACUAGAGAAAGGCCUUAGGUGUUUAGGGAAUGUGCAGUUUUCUUGUUCAGUGUAAGGAUACCAAAGGAAGCUGAGGAUUCAUCUGUCUGAAUUAGCUCCCAGACAUCUGCACAGCUAUUGAUAAUCAUGAGGAACGAUUCCUCACGAUUUUGUGGGAAAUGUGUUGCUAUGUUUCAGUCUCUAACCUCUCCAGGGUUCUGCCCACAUAUAUGUCAU